AUGGCUUCGUCUAAGUUUCUUCCUCACGAGGGCAAGCAUCGCAAAAUUCGAGUCGCCAUCAUUGGCGCAGGAAUCUCUGGACUUGCCGUCGCCAACGGCUUGCUGAAAGAUCCAGCUGGGAGAUUCGAUGUCCAGGUCUUCGAACGCGACACAAUUGCAUUCAACUCAGAGCGUGGCGGGUAUCAGCUCCGCAUCAGCGCCAAUGGCCUUAACGCUCUGAAGACAGUCUCCGACCUUGAGCUCUGGUCAUUGAUCCGCGAGGUUUGGGCCGGUGAUCAGGCGAAAGCGCCUACCAUUGUUGAUCCCGAUACUUUCGCAGUUCGUCUUCGCCUCGGCGAUCUCAAGUUGUAUCCCAAGAGUCGAGCCAUACCUAGGAAAAGACUGCGUGGUGCUCUUCUACAGCCAUUACUAGUUCAAGGGCGGGUUCACUUCGACCACACCUUCGCACGCUUUGAGCUGAUGCCCGGUGAGCGAUGCGGCGUGCAGCUACACUUCGAUGGCCAGGCUUCACAGGAGGCCGACAUUCUUAUCGCAUCAGACGGCAGCAACAGCCAGGUCAACCGACAGGUUGGCCUUAACAACAAGAUCAAGCUAGACAGCAUGACUUUGAUCCAGUCUCGCGGCAUAAUUUCACGAUCUGUACGAGAUGAGCUGCCCGAGUCGCUAGUCGAAUCUGGCUCGGUAAUGUUCUUGGGCGGCAAAGAUGUUGCUGGAUUUGCAUCCGUCUAUGACCCCCAGAAGGACCCAAGUACCAGCGGCACAGAGUCAUACACCUUGUUCUGGUCGGUCGAUUACUUCCGAAACGACCUUGGCUAUGGCAAACCUUUAGAACUCAUCAUGCGAUCAGCGACUGAGGCUGUCCGGACGGGCCUUGUGACCAGCUCCGUCAAGCCGAAAACGGAUUGGCGAAACGGUAUUGACAAAAAUUCACGAGUGGUUCUCCUCGGCGACGCCGUGCACCCCAUGACGCCUGGCCGAGGCAUGGGUGCAAACCAGGCACUGACUGAUGCCGCCAAUCUUGUCGAACUUUUCCACCAAGAAACAUUUGAGCAGGACGUGCCGUCGGAUGGGGAACUCGCCGCUUUAGCGCGCACAUUCGAUGCAGAGAUGUACACUCGCGCGUUUAAGAUGGUGGAGGCCAGUGAGACCGUAACUUCGCUAGAUUUGACGACGUUAUCGGCUUGCUUUCUUCUCCACUUCACGGCGUUGACAGGCAAAAGCUUAAGCAUGGAUGCCACAAUCGAGUGGUUCGUCAACGGUCUCGUCAUCUUCUUGGACACAUGGCUGGAGCGUCCAGAUGUUCUGCCCAAAGUGUUGGCUAUCGACGAUGUGGAUGAAGCGGAUUACGUCUUCAUCUCCCACCCACAUUUUGACCAUCUUCCCGGAGCCGAUAGGAUCGCAAUCAAAACCGGAGCACAUGUUAUUGCUAACGGCGAAGCCAUUAACGUCCUUCGGUCAGCUGGAGUGCCCGAGGACCAGUUGAUCCCGGUAUCUGGUGGCGAGCGCAUCCCUCUGUUUCCUUUCAAGUGCCGUCAAGCUGCAGCUCGUGGUGAAGUUGACAUCGCUCCUGGGCCACCAGGCGCUCCUCCAGCUCCGGAUGCUAGAUUGGCCGCGGCCUCCGUCCAUGUCUGGCCUUCACUGCACUGUCUCAUGCCUGGUGGCUCGCAUGCCGAUGUGCCUGCAAUCAUGGAUACAGGCAAGGAGUAUGUUGGAGGAGCAAGCCAGUACGCUUGCACACUGGAUAUCACAUUCGGUAUGAAAUACGGCCUUCUCAAGAUCGGCGACCACAUGCCUCGAGAUGCUAUGGACUCGGGCAUGCGCUCUUUCGUGGACUACGUCAACGGCCCGGCGAGGGAAUGCAUGUCUCACUUUGACGGAGGGCAGCUAAUGUACAACUUCCUGUUCGGGGAGGGCAAGACACUGCUAUGGAACGGACAUCUGGGAGGUUACGAUGGAAUACUGAAGACGGUGCAACCACAGCCAGACGUGCUCAUUCAAGCAAUUGCUGGACGGGCGAACUUGAACGGAAGACCGUUUGAUGGAUCUGCGGCGCAGUUCGCGGUGCAAGUAUCGAAGCUUCUAGGAGAGCCAAAGAAGGUGAUCUGGUGUUUGCACGAUGAGGCGCCGAUCAAGCCAUGGACGGUGGAUGUAAGCCCAGCUACGCAAGCGGUCGAGAAGGAAACGGGUUCCAAGGUGACUGCACUGCAACUGGGUACAUCGGAUAUGCUUUUCUGA